CUCAGGUCUAACACCUUAUUUAAGUUGCCAAAUAUGGAGUGUUUUUAUUAAUGAUAAGAUCUCACAUAACAUUUGGCAACCACAAAAUAGGGUACAUCACUACCCUUUCAAAAAGGUACACAGCAAUCCAGUGUACAUGUAGGCCCUACCAGCAGAAUGCAUGUCAUGAGAACUUCAAACAAUAGGCUUAGAUAAGGACUCCUUGUGUCAUAAAGUGGAAUAAAUGGCCACUAAGCCUUGACCACCUCUUGCUGUUUAUGCCUACAAAUGCAUCAAAAUUUCCCAACAAAUAAAAUUGUUAUAAAGACAAUAAGCUAUUUCCUCUCUCCUACUAUCCACCCAUGUUUCAGGCCCAUGUGGGAAAAUAACUCAUACUCUGCAAGGUACACUCUCUUUUACAAUCAUCCUUUUAAAUACUUCAACUACCUUAAAAGUUUAUAAACUGCAGAUUUGUGAUACUUUAAAAUUGGAAAAAAGUGAAUUUAUUACUUAACAUAUUCUGAACCUCAUUUUGCUGUCAUUCAGCCAUCACUUCAUUCCUUCCAUCAUUCAUGUCAUUUUUUUUCAUUGUCAUGUCAUGUCUUUCUCACUAUGCUUCACCUAGUGUGGAGGGUACACCCACUCACAGGCCCAUGUGGGAUAAUACCAGUUCAUAUCCUACCAGUGUUGAAAGCACACCUACUCACAGGUCCAUGUGGAACAAUACUGGCACUGUCAGAAGAGAGGAGUCAUAUAUGGAUCCCACAAGACGAGGGGAGCCAGUUCGAGAACAAAUAUCAACAAGGUCCAUGUGGAACAACACUAGCACUGUCAGAAGAGAGGACCCAUAUGUAGAACCGACAAG